AUGAAGCUGGAAAGCACACCAGGAGACAUGAGCGGGUGGAGGGAGGUGGACUUUGUCCUCAACUGCACAUACAUUGUGCCAGACCAGGUGUCGGACCCCAGCUUCAGUCUGCCCAAAGCCAUGACCUCCAUUCCACGCAACCUCACCUUUGAAUACAGCACAGACAAUGAGGUGAUGGGCGUGUUCAGCAAAGAAUAUAUCCCUCAGGGUACUCGCUUUGGCCCUCUGCAAGGGGUCAUCUACACCAAAGACAACGUACCCAAACAGGCCAACAGGAAAUACUUCUGGAGGAUUUACAGCAGUGGGCAGCUUCAACACUUCAUUGAUGGCUAUGACGUCCACAGGAGCAACUGGAUGCGUUAUGUCAACCCGGCCCACUCUCUGGCCGAACAGAACCUGGUGGCGUGCCAGAACGGACGGGACAUCUACUUCUACACCAUCCGACCCGUGGAGCCCAAUCAGGAGCUGCUGGUUUGGUACAGCCAGGAGUUUGCCCAGAGGCUCUGCAGCCAGGAGGUCGACAUCAAACAGAAAUACAUGAGUUCUGAUGAAGAUCAUGAGCCGGAGUACACCAAACAGCACCUACCUCAGCAGACAUGGCUUAAAGAAAUAACAAAGGAAGAGGUGAAAGAAGAGAGGGAUGACGAUGGAGAGGAGAAUAUCGACGUAGAGAUGUUAGAAAGAGACACUCCGCCUGACACGCCUGACGACCAGAUCAUGGACUUCAGCAAAAAGUUUGAAAAGGAGAGCAACAGAGAUCCAGAAGACCAGGGGAUCAUUCCGUCCCCUAAGCCCGAACCCAAAGACCCUAGCCUGGGCUUAAAUCACCCGUACUUAACAAAUCCCCAUCCUGCACAUUCAUCUCAGCACCGAAAUCUCCCUCUUCACCUCCACGGCCUCUACAGGGAAGGCGUUUCAUCUUACCCCCUUUACCACCAAUCCAGCCCCCUCCAGUCCAAUUACCAGCUUCUUCCUCCCUACGGCCCACACUAUCCUCGCCUCCUCCUUCCUUCGUACUCCCCUCCUUUUCCUGGGAUGCUGCCCUCAAGAGGAUCGCUCCGAUACAGCAGCUAUCUGGGCACAGACGGACUCCCGUAUCCACCCAUCGGCCCACCAAAUCUGCUGCCAGUGUCUCUCCCCUACCCUCCACCUUCACAGGGAGGUCUGAAAGAACUAAAACCAAAUGUGUCGCCACCACGAGGCGCCCCGGCCACCCCAGAGCUCUCCCCUCUCCCCAAGCCUGACAGUCAGCAUCAGUCUACUGAGCAGUCUAGCUCUGGUAGCGAUGAAGCCAUGAAUCUCAGCCUGGCUACGACCAAAAGCAACCCAGCGACACGCAGCAGCCCUGGCCACAAAUCUCUGCCCUACCCACUGCAGAAACAGAAUGGAAAGAUCAAGUAUGAAUGUAAUAUCUGCUCAAAGACUUUUGGACAGCUGUCAAACCUCAAGGUCCAUCUCCGAGUGCACAGUGGUGAGAGACCUUUCCAGUGUAACCUAUGUAAAAAGAGCUUCACUCAGCUGGCCCACCUCCAGAAACAUCACCUGGUCCACACGGGGGAGAAGCCACAUGAAUGUCAAGUGUGUCACAAACGCUUCAGUAGCACCAGCAACUUGAAAACACACCUACGCCUCCACUCUGGGGAAAAGCCUUACCAGUGCAAGCUGUGUAGCAUUAAGUUCACCCAGUACAUCCACCUCAAACUGCACCGCCGCCUCCACACCAGCCGCGACCGGCCCUACCGCUGCCAGCUCUGCGCCCAGGCCUUCUUCCACCGCUUCUCCCUCCGCAUCCACCAGUGCAGCUGCUGCAUGGCUAACUCCAAUGCACCUGUCAACAUACACAUGAAACAGAUGGUGGAGCGGUUUGACGCCAGCCAGGAGGCUGACAUGCUUACAGAGGCGGCAUCGGCACUGCAGGUGGAGGAAGCGGUAGAGCAAUGGUUGGCUCGUACCUUGGAAGGCGAGGGGAAGAAGGACCAGAAGGAGGCCACCAUACUGCUGAAAGCUCUGACGGCAGCUAUUAACGCAUCAGCAAUCCCCAUGGCCCAAUCAGCUAUACCUACAUCACACCACAGCCCUCCACUGACUUAUCAGGAGAGGGCCAGUGUUGUUCAUCUCCACCAACGGCCAACAGUGAAGACAGAAGGACAGUGAGAAGAAAGAGGGGGAAAUAUAAAAAAGACAUACAACCAAGAAACAAAAUGUCGCCAAAUAAAACUCCCCUUAUUGUCCAUGAAGUGCACUAAAGGGAAUAUAAACUUUCAUAAUCCAAUGAGCAUAGCACCAAAAGAAGAGCAUUCCAAAGACUGGGCGAGGGUAUUUAGUGAUUGUACGCCUCCCAAAACUCAGUUUAAAAAAUGAAAAUGGAGGAGGAUGCUAAGCUGUGAAAUAUUUAAAACUCUUUUCACUCAGGUAGAGAAGUGUUGCAUUUUUGUGCUUUAACUUAUUACUUUUUGUUUUGUUUUUGUUUGAGUCAUGUAUAU